AUGUUCCGCGUAAGCAACACCGUGGUUGGUGCACUUAACAUAGUGUCCUUACUCCUCGGAAUCUCAGCCGUCGGUCUCUCUGCCUACAUACACAUCCACGGUGGCAACGCCACUGACUGCCAGAAGGUGCUGCAGUACCCGCUCCUCAUCGGCGGCGUCUUCGUGAUCCUUGUCUCCAUACUUGGAAUCGUGGGGUCGCUGUGCCGUGUCAACGUGGCACUCUACAGUUACCUGCUCGUGACGUUCUUGCUGAUCUUGGGGCUCGCCUUGUUCACUAUCUUCGCGUUGUUCGUCACCAACAAGAAGGUGGGGCAACAGAUAUCAGGCAAAGGCUACGGCGAGUACAGGGUCACCGAUUUCUCUCACUGGUUGCAGCGUUACGUGGUCAAUGACAAGAACUGGGAUGAGGUCAAGAGUUGUUUGAUGGAUGCACAUGUUUGUCAGAACCUCGACGUCAGUGGUGGUCGGAACAACGACUCUCUUAUUUUCAAACACUUGUCCACCACCCAGUUUGGGUGCUGUAAGCCUCCGGUGCACUGUGGAUUCAUAAUGAAGAACGCUACGUUCUGGGAAGUGCCAAAGAAAGGUGCAGCGGCGAAUAAUUCAGACUGCAACACAUGGAAUAAUAGGGAGGAUAAACUGUGCUACGAUUGUAAUUCAUGCAAAGGAGGAGUGCUGGCCAAUAUCAGGAACCAGUGGAGACAUCUCACCGUAUUCAACGCAUGUGCGCUUUUACUCGUCACUGUCAUAUAUGCGUUGGGAUGCUAUGCUAUCAAGAAUAACCGAUCGGACUCGCGUUGCAAGCACAACAGAGCAUGCCCUUGA